AUGUACGCCGCUCAGAAUAUAACGCCAACAGUUUUGGAUGCCAUGAACGGAAAUGUUUCCGAAUGGUAUAACGAAUGCGACAAUGCCAUUAGAAGGUCAGAAAUAGUUCCUGGAACUUACGAAUAUACAACUGCUAUUUCUUAUGGAAACGUAGGUGAGUUUGGAGAAGGUUCUUCAACAACAGUAGAUAUUGCUUGCGACAGGUUUCACAUUAUUUCUAUUGACAACUCAUUCUUAUACGUGGAACAAGACAUUGAAAUAAAACCUUCUGCCAAGUUGUCUGACAAGAAAGGUUGCAAUGGAAUUUUCUAUGUCGGAUACCAAUAUGCUCCAGAAGUUUUCAUGGGAUAUAAGAUAUAUUCUAACUCUGACUUAGUUCAAACAGUAACAUGGGCAAACUAUGAAUGGUUCGCUUUGAGAAACUCAGUACAACCACAAGCUAGAGAACAAACAGACCAAUAUGCAACUAUUGAGAAAAUAAGAAGACUUGACCCUAACGUUCCAGGAGUUUAUGUUAACCUUUCUGAACAAACUGCAGCAGCAGUAACCAAAGUAAAACUGAAACUUAGAGUUCCUUUGUCAUCUUUCCUCAUCUUCAG